GCAACCACAUCCUAGCGACAGCAUUUGGCCAGCUCAGUUUACUAGACACAGUCAGCAGAAGAAGAUGUUCUGCUGCUGGCCCCUGAAGCUCAGAUGCUUCAGCUUCAGGAAAACCCAGAGGGUGAGACUUACUGAUGGUUCCCAUGGCCAGCUCAGCCCUCCUGGCCGCUCUUUCUGGCCAUUUCGCAAGAGGCAAAAAAAGGGGAGACAAUCUACGUGCACACCUAAGGAGGAACGUUGGGGAGACUCCCCAACGUUCCUCCCCAGUAAGAAGGGACCCCGUCACCGUGCAGCACCGGGUAAGAGUGGCAGGUCCUGGGUACCAUACCUGGAGCCCCUGGUGGAGGAGAAUGAAGAAGAUCUGACCGAGGUUGCCAUAGAGGGGAAGCCACCAGGAGGACCAGAGGCAACUUCAGGACGUACGGGGGUUCCUGAGGCCACUCCACCCCGGCUUGGGGAAGGAGAAAACAGCCAGGACCCCAGCAGGAUAUCUGUUUGUCCUGAGCACACCCCACCCUGGCUGGGGGAGGGAGAACCCAGCCAGAAGCCCUCCGUUAUGGCCGAGGGUCCUGAGUCCACCCCACCCUGCGUGGGGGAGGGUGAGCCCUACCCAGACCCUGGCAUGACCCCCGCAGGUCCAGAGGCCACCCGAACCCGGCUGGUGGGAGGAGGACCUGGCCACUUCCCCGCCAUAAACCCCAUGGGUCCAGAGCCCUCCCCACCCUGGUUGAGGGACGGAGAAAUCAACCAGGACCCCACUGUGACCCCCACGGCUCUUCAGCCCACCCUAACCUGGCUGGGGAAGGGUGAACACACUCGGGACGUAUCCCCAUUCAUCACUGACUACCCGAUAAUGCGUUUAGUUUUAUUUUUCACUUUUAUUUUUAUUCUUGCUUGGUGUUUUUUUUGUUUUUAAA